AUGAACGUCUAUCUCGUUCAAGGUCUAAAGUCAAACCUGAUCAGUGUCAGCCAGCUUUGUGAUGAAGGUUUAACGGUCUGGUUUAACAAGAUAGAGUGCAAAGCCAUUGACUCUGACGGAAAGACAGUCUACGAGGAGUUCGUUCAGGCAACAACUGCUACAUGUGGGAUCAAUCUGCAAGAGAUUGUUCGUGGUGUUCCGAAGCUGAAGGGAACUGAGAAACUUGUAUGUGGUCCUUGCAAUCAAGGAAAGCAAAUCAAGGUCCAGCACAAGAAGGUGGCAGAUGUACAAUCCAAGACUGUUUUGGACUAG